AUGGCAACAGCAAGAUCACAAGCGCCGAGUGCGGCGGCAGUGACGCAGCCAGGCCCCUACGAUCAUCUCCCCGACUUGUCUGCCGACAUCUCAAUGGAUGCCGAUACCUCGACUCGACCCACCUUCGAACAGCUCAAUGCGACCCUCAUCUCGCGAGGGUAUCUGCGCUUUCCGCUCAAUGUCACAGGCAUGCGCGAAGAGUCACUGGCUUCGCUUGCAGAUGCUCUUCAUGCCAUGAUCGCACAGCGAGAAGAAGACAUUGAGGUGCGCACUGCACUGACGGCUAAGAACCGCACCCUCACUGCAUCCCUGGAGCGCACCAAACGCUUCCACAAGGAGGAAUUGGAACGUUCAGCAGACUUUGAGCGCAAAGCCGAAGCGUCGAAAUCCAAGCUUGCACAUCUCACCACACAGCUCGAGACGGAGCGCAACGCACACAGGUCGACCAAGGAAGCGCUGGGACGGCUGAGGCGGGAUCUGCAGGCGAUCAAAGCUUCGGCCGUGCAGUACAAGGCCGCCAACGAUCGGUCUGUUGCUCGGAUCAGAGCUCGAAUCGGUGAAGUCACCAGCUCAGCCAUCCGCUCUGCCGUUCCUGAUUUCCAGAUCGUUGCUUCGGCCUUCGACGAGCCGCCCGCCGCUUCAUCGUCCAAAGCAGGCGCAGCAGGAUUGUACGCGCAACAGGUACAGGAGCUGGAGCAGAAGCGUGCUCACCUCGUCGAGUAUAAUCAGGCACUGAAGCGCUUUGCCACUGAGGCGAUCAAUGCUGCUCGACGAGCAGACCAGGAACUGGUGGACAUGGUCGAGGCGGAGGAGGACGAUGCCAAGAAGAGAGAUGCAACGUCGGCAGGAAAGGCAAAUGGCGACUCGAGUGGCUCGCGUUCUGCUUCCUCGAGCAGCCUCAGCGGAAUGGGUGCGUCUAAGCGCUCGCCUUCGAGUGAUGCAUGGCUUGACGGUCACCGACCUCUCUUCCAGCGUGAUCUCUUCCCUGCCAAUGACUCGCUUCGAUCCACCUCGUCGGGUGCACUGAUCUCCGGUUCGACGAGCAAGGUUCACCACCCUGCCUUGCGCGCGCUCGAGCUCACAUCGACGGCCAUCAGCUCUCACGUCCAGUCGCUGCUCGACCUGCGCACCGAGCGCAAUAUUCACCAAGCGACGCAAAGCUCUCGCCUCAUGGCCGAGGCGAGAGAGCAAGCUUGGGCAGCGAGACUCGAACACGACAUUCAGCAAGACUUGGAGAACGACGCACGGCUCUCGCUCAACAAGACGAACGGUCCUUCCCAUGUCGGCUCGCUCGCCUCAGCCGCCAUCGCAGCCUCGAGUGGAGGAGCAAACGGUGGCACGUCGCAUCGCAUCGAUUGGCAGAGGGAGAAGGGUGAUCUGGAAAAGAAGCUGGCUCAGCUCAUCAAGCAGGUGGCAGUCGCCGAGGACAACAUGGUGCGCAAGGACAAGGAGGUCAAGAAGCUCGCCGAGGCUGAGCAGCGCGCGAGGGCUAUGCUGGAUCAGACUACGUCCAGUGCCACUGUCGAAGACUCAAAAGCAGCGCACACAUCGGACCAGGCUGACUCACUCCGUGCGGAGCUGCAGGCUGCGGAAGAGGAGCGUGCUCGCCUAGCUCAACGAUGCGAUAUGCUCGAAGCCGAGGCCCGCGAGCUGCGCAACCAGCGCGAUGGUACAUGGUCAGAGCGUAAGGAUAUCACCCAACUGACCUCACUCAAGCGACUCGAAGAAGGCGAGGUAGCCGAGAUCCACGCCCGCGACCAGCAGCGUCGCAACGACGUUGGCAGUCUCUCUGUCGUCGCUGAGGAUAUUGAGCUGCCGUCUCUCACCGGUAGUGCCGACACCGCCGAGACUGCGAGCGAAGAGUCGGUCGAAGUCAUGGACGCAUCCACUUCUCGCCGAUCCACCCGUAAAAGCAGGCUCAGCAAAGAGGCUGUGGAUCCGGGUGCUAUGAGCUUUGGCGAAAGUUUCGGCAACAAUCCGGAGCUGGAUGCGAUCUUUGGUAUCAUGGCGAAGAGCGCCAAGCGUCCUUCGCAGGGAUCGACUCGUCGCUCGUCGCGACUGUCCGGAUCGAGCGCGACCGCCGAGGAGGCCUCGACAUCCGCCGAAGUAGCGUCAGAACUCGGUCAAGUCGAAGGUCGCAAGAGGAAAGCAGACGGGGAGGAGCCAGCCCAAAGCAGCGAAGAGAUGGCCAACGUCAGCAGCUCGAGCAAGAGACGGACGAGUCGCCGCGUUUCUGGCAGACCCGUCGCAGAGACCGCGUCCGACGAGGGAUCUCCUCGAGUCUCGAAACGUGCUCGCAGCGAGCAGCAGCCCGUGGAACAGCCGGCAACUCUGGCCGCUGGCGCAUCGGAGGCCGCUGCUCUGGUUGCAGCAGCUCACCAAUCGCAUCGAAGGCUGUCAACUCGGGAGAAACAAGAGCUCGAGAAGUCGAAGCCCACAGCUGCCGCCCCGAGCAAGACACCAGCCCUGAACAAUCGACGCAUCGUCUCUGGAUCCUCGUCCUCGGUCACUCGACCCACGGCUGCCUCCCUUCGUCGAAGCGAAGCGACCCAAGCCAGCGUCAAGCGUCCGCUUUCCAACUCGACCAACAUCCGCGAAGUAUCGACGCAGAGAUCUGCGUCGAGCAAGACGCCAGCCCGCGUCGUGUCGUCUAGUUCAGUCCGUGCGCGGUCGUAG